CACAACGCUAUUUACUUACAACCCUAACAGCGAGCCGGUUCAUACACAAGGAUGUGGUGUGUGAUCGCAAGUGCGUGCUUCAUUCCAGCAGUCAUCAGCAUCAUUGUUACGGAUUAUCCACCGACGAGUACCGAGUACAACUAUUCGUACAAUGUUGUUAAUCCAUCGACAGGCGACGCGAAGAGUGUACACGAGACGAGACAAGGAAAUACAGUCACUGGAUCAUAUUCUCUAAUCGAUCCUGACGGAACAAGACGCACCGUCAAAUACAUCGCCGGACCGAAGAUAGGAUUCAAAGCGGUCGUACAUAGUGAACCUGAAACACCUUAUAAUCCACCAAUCCCAGUCCCUCCUAAUCCUCAGCCGUUAGUUCGGCUAACACCGAUAACUUACGUGCAUAAAAUACUGCCGCGUCCAAUUUACGUGCCUGUUACUACUAACAACAGAAGUUACUUCACGCCGGGUUCCACAGUCGCGGAUAGACCCGCACUUAAUGAAGGAGAAUAUUUUGAACCUAAUAAAGAUUACUAUCAUUCUAAUAGAAUCUAGUUAUGUUAUUAAAGUACUAAUAUACGAACAAAGUACCUUAUUCUUAUUGUGAUAAUAGUCAAUAAUUUAAAUGUGAUUAAAAUCUGUAAACCUUAUAAAA